UGCCUAGAAAUGUUUCACCGCGCUCGGUUGACGCGGUCUUGUCUUAUUCGGGACAGGUCCUGCUGCGGUCCAGGAGUGCUCUUGUCCCAAUCUUCAAGUGCUACAUGCUCUACGGAGAUUCGCUCAAGCGCAUCCUCAGGCGCAAGGAAACCUGUACACGUCGUAUUGGCUUUAUUUUUCCUAAGGAGAAUGUUUACACAAGUAGCCAAGAUGGGGGUAAACCAGGGAAACGAGAACAGAUGCAUGGAAGUCUCCCUUAUACUCCCAGUUCAUGGAUUGGACAUUUUGGUCCUGGGAUUAUUAUGAUUAUAUGGGGACUCCAUUGGAUGCAGGGUACUUUCAGGAACUAUUUCAGUAGCCAACGGAAUAAGGGACAGGAUUAUCAAGCGCGGACAACGUAUAACCUGUGGCGCUUCCCAGCUGUGUCCGAAAGCAUGUGCAAGACUUUUCUACCUAUGAUUGCUAUGUCGAUCGAGCUUUACUUUGCUCAUCGUGGUGGUUGGAGGACGCUCGUCUGCCCCGCGGGGACUAAGCGCGAGGGGCGCUUCUACGGUCCACACAUGGGCAACUGGCAGCAUGCGGCCAUGUAUCCUCCAGUCAUCUUGUCAGGUCUUGUCGACCUUGUGGGUAUGGAGGUUGAGCUUCCCCGGGGCACACAGCAGGUCUUCCUCUUCUUGGCGUUCUUGUGUGAGUCCCUUUUGAUGGGGCUGCACAAGAAGCACACUCCGCUGGACAUCGCGGUCCACUCGGUGCUUUUCUACACCAUGAUGGCGACUGCGGUCAUGGUGCUGCUGGAGGCAAUCCACCCCCGCAGCUUUCUGCUGUCCUGUGGCCGCGUCGUGACCAUGCUGGUGCAGGGAGGCUGGUUUGUGAUGGCGGCGCACAUCCUCUUCGAAGGGGUUCCGGCGUGGAUCGAAGACGGCGGCGAGGACAUGGCCCCCGCGAUGAUGGCUCCAGUUUACUUCGUCGCGAUUAUUGUCGUGUCACUGUUCCUCGUUUUCCUGGCAUACUUGGCGUUCCACACCUACUACAAAUACAUGGACAGUAGCAUUGCUUGCUACGAGCGUGCCGGUCUCCUGGACGAGGACCGCAUUGAUGGCCGCCCCACUCCACAUGCCGUUCCCAUGGCUACACUCAGUGGAAACUCGGGCACAAGCUGCCACGUUUAAGUGUAGGUUCAAUACCGCAUCAAUGGCCCUGGCCAAUUUGCGGAUGCUGCGGAGAAACGUUACAACGUAAUAAUGUAAAUUUUUAACUCAAGUUUGUGCAAACUGGAAAGGAUCAUGGCUGGCUGCACUGAUGGCGAGGCGGAGGGGGAUAUAUAUACGCAUGGAUCAAUACGACAACGAUACGUGAAGGACGAUGGCCAUUUUGGAGCCCGUACGUAUGUCGGCGGC